AAGUUGAGAGUGUUAAGAGUUAGGACUCCAUAAUUUAACUACUUCCUGGGUGAUGCAAACCCAUGGAAGAGACGCAAACACCAACGACGACGCUCGCAGUCUUCGAAGCAAGACAGUGAGAUAACAGAUUGAUCAUGCCUUGAAAUCACCAUUAGAACGCCAUCGUUUCGUGCAGGAGAAGAUAUUGGGAUUGACAAUCUGAGGGACAGGGAAGGGAGUUAUUUUUCUUUAAAAUUUUGUAGGGAAUGGAGGUUGAGGUUUCUGGUUCAAAGCCGUCGUCGUCCAUCGAUGGUGCUACAAAAGGGAGAAGAAGGGAGAAGAUGCGUGUCAAGACCAAAGACUUGCAGGAUGUGCUUGAGCAAUGCCAGAGAGCUCUUGAAUUGCUAAAGAACGCUGGUGACGAUGGCGUCGACGCUGAUGGGGAGGAGGAAGAUGCGGGGGAGGUGACUGAUCAGGAUUUAUCGUCUCGGUGUGGUGAUACUGAGACUUCUGAGUUGUGUGAUCUUUUGAAAUCUAGAGUUGAAUCACCUAACUUCCUUCAGAAGCUAGAGAAUGUCCAGGUGUCAGUACCACAAAAUAUGGCAGAAGGUAGCUCUUGGGACAUGGUCAGUGCAAAUGAUUUAUGGGAUGGUGCAAAUUUGGAAUCUGAUAUUGAGACGGACCCAGAAGGUUAUGUUCUAGUUGGACAAGAUGAUAUAGUGGAUGGCAUUGCAUCUUUCAUGGCUGCGUAUUUGCUAUCUCUAAAGGAAACAAAAGAUUUAACUCCAAAUCAACUCCAAGAAGCUCUCAGCAAAACAUUCUCUGUAAAAAAGACAAAAGGAAAACUCAGAAGGGCAUGGGAUGGAAGCAAAGUUCUUUAUAAUGUGGCAUCCUGGAGUGCAACCGCCAUUGGGAUAUACCAAAACCCAGCACUAUUUAGGGCGGCUUCUGCGGCCUUUAGGACUUCGUGCCGUGUUAUAUCAAGGCUUUUGUGAAUUCACUGUUGCUACGAUGAAGGUCAGAAGCUUGGGAUUUGCUGUUCAAUGUUGCUCACAUGGAGUUCCACGAGAUUUGUAACAUGAUAAUUUUGUGAUACAAAUUAAUCGGUUGCUCAAUGUUAUUGUUACGAUGUAUAUAUUUUCAAUUCUAGAAGCAGUUCCUUUUGUCGUCGUGGAAGACUAGAAUCAUCUAAUUGAAUUUAUUUGAAAUGUGUAUUGGAUCUCCUAAAUGGGGUUCCAUAGACGGUUUGUUCAAACAGUUGCAUGCUUUCUUGCAAGUCUUAACAUGUUACAAGGAUCCAUAUAUGCAAUAAAUUACUAUAUUUUGGCUUAA